AUGGAAGUGGGCAUAGCAAGUACCCAGAUCAUGGCAUUCCCUGACAGAGGGAAUCAGCUCCUUGGAGAAGUGACCGAUUCUAGGGAUGGAUCUUUCCAGAUUUCAAGGCAGCAGUUUGCCCUGUGCCCUCCGUUUUCUGGUGGAUAUAAGAAGACUUGUUGCCUUUCAGAUUCAUCCGGCGAUGACUUCCAAGCUCUACGUGUCGGAACGGAAACAGUCAACCUGGAGCCAUCCAUGUUCCCCGUGCAGCGGGGCUCCCUGAGCCUCCUGAGACAGAAAUGGGAAUCCGGUGAUCACCAGAAGGUGGGGUGCUGUCCUGGGGGCAGUCACUGCAGGCUCUUCCAGCCUCAAAAGAGCCGAUUGCUUGAACCUGGAGAGGCAGUGUCAGCACCGGGACCUCCAGGUCCUCCAAGUCAGCCCUGCAGCGCAGGAGCGAUGCUGAACUCAGAACCCGAGGAAAUGAGCCCUGAGCACAAGGGCGAGAACCCCAGGGAACAUGGCCGGCCUGAAGUGCUGAAGGAGGAUCCCUUGAGAGGUCCGCGCAGGAUCGAACGCUUCUCCAUUGCUCUUGAUAAACUGAGGAGUGUGUUUGAGGCUCCUAGGAGUGGAAACAGCCCAGCUGGACCAGCUGAGUACGGCCGAAAGGUAAGAAGCCAUUGA